AUGUUCUAUGUGGGGGACUUUGAGAUAUUGGCCUGUCACACAAGUGUUCAAAAACCAUUCACUUCUUCCUUCAUACAGUACAAAUUGCAUGAGGCAAAUGUGGAGGCCCAGACCUUGGUCUGGGAGGCUAUUAGGCUGGAUGGUUUGGAGAAACUAUUCAGCCUAAAUGCUUAUGAAAAAUGGUUACCUGAGAAUCAUGCCAUUCUCCAUCAAUGCCCUCACUGUAACAGGAAAUUUCAGAAAACUGGUUUCAAGCAGCAUGAGUGCAGGCAAACCCAAUGUAAUGGUUUCUGGCUUCAAUUAUUAACUCAGCUGCCCACCACUGAGCUGCAAGAGCAUUGGUGCUCAAAUCGCAGCCUCAAGUGCCCAAAGCUCACUGUACAGAUACAGGAUAUUUUUUCAUUGAUGAACCCAUCUUACAAAGAGUUCUGUGUUUGCAGUGAGAAGUCCCCAUCCCUGGUUGACAAAACACCUUGGUCCCCAUUUUGCAUGUUGGGCAACUUCAAGUUUGCAGAAAUCACACUUGCUUCACUACUCAACCAGCAACAAGUCAAUGCCCUUCUGGAUCUCUUUGCUUGUGUCACACAGGGAGCCAUCCAAGUCAUGCUCAAGAAUGAUGCCAAACUUUGCAAAGCAUGUGAUGCAGCUGUGAUGGAACUCACCCCAUUCUCCAGGGUCAAAGUUAAGGUACCAUACAAAAAGGAAGAAUGUACAUUCAAAGCACAUAUUUGCCCACUGUGGGAGUGGGCACUUGAUAUCUUAGAAAAUCCAUUCCUUGGUCUGCACUUCACCUGGGACACACAGCGAAUUUACAGGCACAACAGCAUUGAGUAUGAACAUUUUUAUGAUGAGCCCUGGACUGGAGGUUAUUGGUGGGAUAUUCAAUUGAGUCUACCAGAUAUCAAGAGCACCAUGCCAUUUGGCCUGAUCCUUUAUGCUGACAAAUCCAACCUAUUGUCUUUCAGCACUGCCAAGAGUUACCCCAUCAUUGUGCACUCAUCAGUAAAUCACUUUUGCUGGCCAGAGCUGUCCAGAGCUGUCCAGCACUGGACAGAUUCCCUAGGACUACCAGCUCACAAAGUCCCUGAAGAUGCCAAAGAAGAGGGAAAGCUAGGCUACACAACCCUCAAGCGUGUCAUUUGGCAUGAAUCUUUUAAAAAGUUACUUCUGGAGAUUGAGCAGUACUCAAAGACUGGAUGCAUGAUGGCACUCACUCAUGGUUGUGGUGGCAAAUGCCCUUGCCCUGUUUAUGACCAAUCAAACUUUGAUCGACUGCAUUAUGGGCAUGGUUUUUGGGGCAAGCAUGUCUUUGGGGACCUAAAGAUCAAAGCUGAUGUCAAGAAGUAUGUUGCAAGUUUUCCUCACUGGCAAAACCUUGCACACUUCAACCAAGUUAUUCAUGUCACUUUUUCAGAUGGUAACAAGCUGGCUGAUAUCUCCAAGCAAACCUUCUAUGUGGGGAUCAAUGUUUUGAAGAAGAGUAUAACCCCUGAAGGCCUUGUUGGCUUAGAUGUCCAGACUGAAUGUAUGGUUAACAUGAUCAAUGACAAAAUAUUGACAUUUGAUCAGACACUGAAGGACUACACCAAAUCCAUCAUGAAGUCCAACAUUGAUGGUCUGCGAACUGACUGGAAUUUCCUGAAGGUCCACCUCUGGGAGCAUGGUGCUGCAUGCAACUAUAGCACUUGGCCCAACAAAAGUAUGCAUAAGCCAAUCCAAGAUGCAUAUGAACACUGUUCAAACAGUAGAGAUGUUCCUGCUCAGGUCUUGUGGGUAGAUCAUCAAGUUCUUGCUACAAAGCUUCUCAGAUUGCAUGUUGAUCACCUCAAGAAAUCUGUCUCUGGGGAAUCAGAUCAAGAAGUUGAUGCAGUCAGUGAGCAUACCUCAGUUGAUCAUAUUAAGCUUGGUGCACAUGGUGUCAUGACCCAAACCCUGAAAGACUUGGAGGAAAAUGGUCAGCCAGAUAUGGCAUUCCAUCAGUUCUGUCAAAGGUUCUGCAAGUUCCUUAAUGACACCCUUCCAGCAUAUGGAUAUCAAGUCAAGUCAUGGAUCUCCCUCCCCACUGACUUCAUGGUUAAAGAAUACCAUUAUCUGCUGGUCAACUACAAGUCAACUGUCACUUGGAACCAGUGCACAGAUCAUCUCCACUGA